AUGAUUAUUGAACUACGUCGUCUAGGUGUCAGUUUGUUAUGCUUAGCGGUAGGUUUAUCAGUUUCAGCGUUGAUUACAAGUUCAUGGGAUUGUGGUAAUCUAUUUUCAACAUGUCAGAAUACUUCUUAUAAGGAUACUGCUUCAGCUGUGGCUGGAUUAUUAAUUUUAGGCAUUGUGUGCCUAUUAAUUAUUAUCAUAUUAGAUGCUGUUGCAUUGUGUUCAGAUGUAUUUGCAUCACUUAGUGCUUACACAACUGUACGUUUUAUUAUCUUAUAUUUGGGAGCUGCUGCCUUAUUGAUUGGUGUCUUAGUCUACACCUCCUUAAUUGGAUAUCAUUGGUCAUACUUUUUAGCAGUUACUGGUGCUGUAUUAGCAACACAAGUGGCUAUACUGGCAAUUAUGUCGUCAAAGUGUGUCACUGUACGCAGCAAUACAACAAGUACACGAAUAAUUAGAGAAAAUCGAAUGGCUCAUCGAUAA